UCCCCCUCCCCAGCCUUCGCUGAGCAUGGAUCCCCCAUCCGGAGUGGUGAGCGAAGGGCUCCCCCUGCUCAUCACCUGCACGGCCCCCAGGGAUGCUGGUCAGCGGAGGUUUCACUUCUACAAGGACAGUGUUGAGCUCGUUCCUGGGGAUGUGGAGUCUGAGAUCAGCACCACAGAGCCCAGCACCAGGUCUAUGAACAUCUCUGUGCUCAGCAUCCCGCAGGCCGGUCCCAACAACACCGGGGAAUUCACCUGCGGGUACGAGGAGAACGUGGGUGGAAGGUGGAUCCCAUCCCCCAGGAGCCACGCUGUUAAUGUCACUGUUACAGCCUCACACUAUACCCGUGAUAUUCUGCUGGGAACUGGUGGCAUCUUGCUUAUGGGUGGAGCCCUGGCUGCUCUCAUCUGCUACUGCCAUAGGAAGAAAAGAGUUCCAAAGCCUCUGAAAAGCACCAAGGGAUCUGAGCCUGGAGAACACACCAGGAACCUGGAUCCUGGUCAUGAUAAUAAGGGAUCAAAAGCCACGGGUGCUGGAGCAGAGCAGAUGGAACAGGGCUCAGAAGUCACCUACGCACUCAUAGCAUUCCCGGCCUCACAGGCCCACACGUCCCAGAUGACAAAAAAACCAAAACCUGCUGAAGAUGAGCAUGUGCUGUAUAGCGAGGUGGUGACAACGCACACCUGGAAGGCAACUAAAUAA